AUGAUUCUUUAUUGUGACACUUCAGUUGAUAGAAUGGUUAUUUCAUUGAUUAUUAAUAGUGGGUCUUCUGAGAUAGGAGAAAUGAGAGUUCUUAUUAACAUAGUUAUUACUGAUAUUACUUCUCAUAAUGCCAUUAUAAGAAAUAAUUGGCUUUCUAAAAUCAAUGUCAAAAUUAAUUACACCAACUCGGAGAUAAGUUUAGUUUAG